AUGUUUAAUAUAUCCCGACGCAGUACUCUCAUCCCUGUGUUUUCAUCCUCAAAACUCCAAACCUUCUUUCUGCGGUUGAAUUCUCAGUUUUCUGAGUCCCAAAUAGAGCAGGCAAAAAAAUGGUUGGAAGAUUCGACAGCCAACUCCAUUCCAAAGCAUGAAUUUGAUAUAACUUACAGUAGAUCUUCUGGUCCAGGAGGUCAAAAGGUUAAUAAAACUUCAUCUAAGGCAUCCGUAUCGUUGGACCCUAAGAAAUGGUUGACUUCUAGCUGUUAUUGGAUCCCGCAACCCAUCCAACAUCAGCUUUUGGAAAAGAAGAUAAGAUACCAAACUAAAUUUGGUGGCCUAUUAAUACAAUGUGAUACUCAUAGAAACAGAGAAGUCAAUACAGUAGAAUGCUUUUCAAGGCUAUUGGAAGAAAUCAAGAGCAAGACACAUUUUGCUGAAGAAGUAAGCGAAGAAGAUUUGGCUAAAUGGGAAGAAAUAUCAAAGGAAAGAGCAGAAAAGAUUAAAUUUCAGAAAAAGAGACAAAGCGACAAAAAAAAGUCGAGAUCAAAGAAGUUCGAUAUAUAG